GCUGCUCUGGACGUUGCCAUAGAUACCGUAUAAAGCCUUGGACGUUGCUUCACCAGUUUGCCACCAUGAUAGACGAUUUCUCGUUUGACGAUAAGACCGUGUUCGUUGUCGAAGAAGUACGACAAAUAAUACAAGAUUCAAUAGAAACAACCAUAGGAGGAAAUGACUACAAGCACAGCAGAGUGGACCAGUGGACCACCAGUGUGAUGGAACAAAGCCUGAGUCAACUCAGCAAGCUAGGAAAGCAUUUCAAGUACAUUGUAAACUGUGUCAUCAUGCAGAAAAGUGGAGCAGGUCUGCAAACAGGAAGUUCAUGCUUCUGGGACAACUCUGCUGAUGGAGCCUGUACAGUGAGAUGGGAGAACAAGACCAUGUACUGCAUCGUCACUGUUUUUGGACUUGCUCUCUGAACCUACAGCACCCAGUGUUUGCCUUUAUUCUCCCCUUUUGUUUUAAGUAACAUGUUUUAAUGUUUGUAUGUGCAUCUUUUUAUGUUAAGUGCAAUUAAUAACAUUACUAUGCCAUAUUGACUUGUCUUUAUUUACACAUCAUAUGACACUGCUACAUGUACAGCAUUCAUCUAAUGAAGCAACAAAUAUUACCAGUACUUCUAACAUCUCAAAAAUUUAAUUUAAUCACCAUAACUAAUAGAAGCUUCAUUCAAAAUGAAAGAAUUAAACAUUUACAAAUGUAAGAUUGGAGUCCAGUCCUUUGAGGACGAAAAAAUAAAGAGUAAAGGCAAGGCGCCAUCUUGAAUAAAACAUUUAUCGAGAAAAGAAA